CGCCGGCAGGCUGCGGCCGGGCUGGGAACGGCGAGGGGCUCCCUCAGCCCUGCCGCUGGCUCCCCCCGGCCCGUCGAGGCCAUGGCGGCCAUCCAGAACCUGCAGCUGUGGUGCAAGCAGCAGUGCGAGGGCUACCGCGAUGUCAACAUCACCAACAUGACCACCUCCUUCCGCGACGGCCUCGCCUUCUGCGCCAUCCUCCACCGGCACCGGCCCGACCUCAUAAACUUCAACUCCCUCAGUAAAGAAAAUGUGUACGAGAACAACAAGUUGGCAUUUCAAGUGGCGGAGAAGGAGCUGGGGAUCCCAGCCUUACUGGAUGCAGAGGAUAUGGUUGCUCUGAGGGUGCCAGACAGGCUGAGCAUCCUCACCUAUGUUUCCCAGUAUUAUAACUACUUCCAUGGACGGUCUCCUAUUGGAGGCAUGGCUGGAAUCAAGCGCCCUUCCUCUGAACCUCAGGAGCAGCCUCUUGGGAAGAAAGCUGUUUCAGAGCCUCCUAAGCCAGCACCACCAAAACUGGCUCCUGCCCACCCACCAGCCAGAGCUAAGCCAAAAGAAACCUCCCCAGUCACCACAAAAGGGGUCCUGGCAGACAGCGGGAAUAUCCCAAGCAGCAGCUGCGGGGUCUGUGGGAACCAUGUGCAUCUGGUGCAGCGCUACUUGGUCGAUGGGAAGCUCUAUCACAGGAACUGCUUCAGGUGCAGGCAGUGUUGGAACGUGCUUCUUCCUGGAAGCUACAAACCUGGGCCUGAGCCCAACACAUUCAUCUGUAUCAGCCACCAGCAGCCAGACAGUGUCCAGAUCUCUGGUCUCCGCAGUAUCGGGAACAAACCUGAGAGUACCCCAGCCCCUGCUGCUGCCAGGGCUUUCCAGAAAGCAGCAGAACCCAAGAAACCAGAGCAGGUGUUGAAGAAACCCAGCCAGGAAGGCCUUGCUAAUUCAGCCAAGCCAUCUGUUUCAUCUACUGGAAGCUCUGGCUUCAAAAGUGUAAAUACUCCAUGGUCCUCUUCAGCUGUAAAUAAAUCAGAUGACUGCAAAGGUACCCCGUUGGGAAAUAAACCAGAUCACCGUGAAGGUGCCCCCCCAGGGCCUCUUUGGACAACCUCCACAACAAAAACACAGCAAGCCCGAGAUCAUUUCUUUCAGUCAUUAGAGUCCUCCAGCAAUAAAAGCUCUGACACUAAAAACCAAGUCCCUUCUCAUGGCCCUGGUAAAACUGCCUCUGCCAAAACCACUACUGAGGUCCGUCCAGUGAAUGCUGUGAAGGAUCAGGCACGUAACCAUAUUAUACAGGCUCUGGCUGGAUCAAACAGCUCUCCAAACAGGCCAGGAGGACUCAGUUCCACUGGCUCCUCAGCAUCCAGCAGUGGCAAAUUUUCUCCCACCAGUUCUCGGUGGCAGAGUCCAGCUCCAAAAGGACAAUCCAGCAAAAUAGGGUACACAGCACUAAAACAGGAAAAGAUUACAGACCCUCUGCCCAAGAGCCAACCUGCCAGCAGCAAACCUGUUGACUCUGUGCACAAGCCAGAGUCGAAAGGCAUCAAAGGAAGCAUGAGUGCUGAUGAAUACAAGUCUGAGAGCCCAGCAGACUGGAGAUCUCGGUUAAAGCCUGUAGCAAACAAAGACCAAGGUGGCUCUAAGAAACCUACUGAUAACUCCCAGGUGGGAACAGGGAGUCCAGAACACAAGGAGACAAAGCCAACGCCGUUAGUUGUCCCAUCAGCAAAGCAGGACUCUGCUUCAUCUGGUGGAUUCGUGAAGAAGAAGUUGAUCCCCAGCUCAGAUCUUAUCGGGAGCUUUCAGAAUUCAAAGCAAGGCUGGGAAGACCCUGGGGGCUCUUCCAAGAAGGAGCAAGAGGGCAACCAGUUGAAGAAAAGCACUACCACAGUUAAACCUUCUGUUCCAAAAAGCACCCAGCGCCCUGAAGCAGUGUCCCCAACCAAGCUGCACCCAGACUACCUCCCCGAAGAGGAAAUCCAGGACAAGGUGCGUGACAUCGAGAAGCAGCUGGAUGAGCUGGAAUUGAAAGGAGUGGAUCUGGAGAAGCAGCUGCGUGGCUGUGAGGGAGAUGAGUCUGAGGAUGCUCUCAUGGUGGAUUGGUUCAAACUGAUCCAUGAGAAACAGCUGCUGCUCAGGCAGGAAUCAGAGCUGAUGUACAAGAUGAAACAGCAGAAGCUGGAGGAGCAGCAGUGGAACAUUGAGAUGGAGCUGCGACACCUCAUGAGCAAGCCAGAGGAGCUGAAGACAAACAGGGAGAAGGAGCGAGAGAAGGAGCUGCUGGAGUCGUACCUAAACACAGUCAAUGACCGGAAUAGCAUUGUGGAGUGCCUGGAUGAGGACAGACUCAGAGAGCGAGAGGAGGACCAGAUGUUGGCAGACAUGAUCCAGAAGUUGGAUGGAUCUCUGGCUCCUGGUUCUCGAGAGAAGAAGAACAAGUUCAGCUUCUCCAAAAUAUGGAAGUCAAAAAAUAAGAGUAAAGCUCAGGAGUGAUGUUCCUUUGCCCAGUGGCUCAGCAAAGGCCACCAUAGCUGUAAAUAAUUCCAGGGAUGGAAUCAAAAGCAGCAAACAACUUCAUUUUGGUGCUCCUCCUCCGUCCGAGAACACCUGCAGCUACGACCGACCCACCCUUGCAGAAUGACUGCAUCGCAAGGGAAUUAAAGGAGGUGAGAUGUAUAUACAGUUCUUACUAUUUUCCUGAUUGGCCAUUAUUUACGAGGCUGCUCCUGGUUUCUGGCACCAAGUCACUGUUUGUGCACGCAUACAGCAGUCUGAGUGGCAGGGAAAGGGUGGCGGGUACCAGCCUGCGGUGAGAGCUCGUGCAGCGUAUCACGAGCCAUCCUGGUCACCCUGUGGUGGGUUUGAAUGUGUGUGAAAUAGCAAUUUCUCACCAAGACCUGCAGCAUGAAGGGCCUUGAUUGAGGUGGAGGAUUUACCCCUCCUGGGGAGUGUCUAAAGGUGGGUGCUUGGAGCCAGCAUAGGACGAGCGGUUGUGUAAAUAAAAAGGUGCUUGGAGCUAUCUGGAGAGAUGGCUUUUCCAGGAGAGAUGGAAAACUGUUUGUAUUAAGGAGCACGGUGGGACUUUGAGUGUUGUGUAGAGUCUGGAAAACUGGGAAAAGGUGAAGAGACAGGUCAUUAGAGUGUGGAAGGUGUCGGGAAACCCCUUUAUGAGUGGUAACUAAACAAGCAGAGCUUGUUUAGCCUAGCACAAUGAAGGCUGAGGGGAGAUGUGAUUGCGCAGACAGAUAAACACAAGGGAGGCAGAGGAGCUAGUUCUGCUAAAGGCCAAUGUUCAUACCAGGACAUGCAGAUACAAACUAGUCAUGAAUAAAUUUCAGAGGGAAAUGAGAUGGAAGUGUCUUAAGCACCAGAGCAGGGGCUAUGGAUGAGUGCUGGAGAGUCCGCGCAACCAGGCUGCUCUUGCACUGGUGUUUGACUGUAAAAUAGGAUUAUAGGAGCAGGUCCCUCAAGAUCAGGCAACUGGGUUUUGUGAUCCAGGAAGUCCUGCCUGUUGCCAAAAGCUCCUUUAAUGUUCUGACAGGGGAAGGAUGCAGAUCUGAAGAGGACAUAUGUCUCAUUGAGUGACUCCAAGAGCAGUUGCUGAGAGCUUUUGGAGUGGUGCUGAUGACAGGAGGUUAAAGAUGAUCCUCAACAGUCUUUUAUCAGUGCUUCUCUCUUGUUUUUGACACUGACGGAUCACUGAGUUCCCUCUUUCAUCAGGUUGGAGUUUCAGGUUCUGCACUAACUAGAUCUCCCAGGUGGACUGGAAACACUGAUUAAGAUGGAUAGAGUGAAAGCAAGUCCAUUAAAUUGUUAAUAAAGAAUAUUACACACAUACCUUAAUCUGCAGCUAGCCUGACACUUUAUAAAAGUACAUUAGGAUAUAAUCCAAUUGAAGCCACAAUAUCGAGAACAUCUUAUCUCAUCACAAAUUGAAAUUAUAUCAUAUUCCUCAUUUCUUAAAUUAAAAAACUAAAACCUUUUAGUUUGCUCUCAUAUGCUUGUGUAAAACUUAAUCAGUGGUUUUAACAACAUUAUUUUUCAAUAUGGGCCAUUUCUGCUCUCAUUUAUUUACAAGAGAGAACUUCCUGGUAGGAGAAGUGAUUCAAUUUGCAGGAGGAUACAUCAAGCACUUAAGGAUUUUCUAGGGAUUGAUUGAUUAUUUAUCGUGUUAUCUUGCCUGGAGACGUCUGAUAUGCCUGUGCUUUUGCUAUCUCUCAUUCCACCUAAUGCUCUUCCUUUGCGUCUCGCUCCCCUCCAGUGCUAAGGGCGCUCUUCCCGUGCGCAUGUGUCGGCAUGAGCAUGUUGGAGGAAAAGGGGAUCAGGGAAGGCAAGGCUGAGUCUCUCUCUGUUGGUACGAAGAUGCUGGGCUGGGCAGAUAGGAGAGAUUCAUUUCACUGAAAGAUAGCACAGAGGUAAGAGAGGUUAAAGGGUGGUUUGAAAUUCAGCUGGGUUUUAACCGCAGGCUGCUGGGCUGCUCAGAUGUAGAUCUCCAAGUGCGUCAAACACGUCCUUCCUCACAG